AAUGGCCCAAGCUACUGCACCAGCAACAUCCAUCCGUGAUGAGGACUCCUCUGAAAGCAGAAUGGUGGUUACAUUCCUCAUGUCAGCACUUGAGUCAAUGUGUAAAGAACUUACCAAGUCCAAGGCAGAAGUUGCCUGUAUUGCUGUAUAUGAAACAGAUGUGUUUGUAGUUGGAACUGAGAGAGGAAGAGCCUUUGUCAAUUCUAGGAAAGAUUUUCAGAAGGAUUUUGUUAAAUACUGUGUUACAGAGGAGGAGAGGGCUGCAGAACUGCAGAAAACAAAGACUGUACCACCUGUAAGCAGACUGACAGUGGAUAUCGUGGAAUUGGAAGCUCUCAGAAAGUCUGUGGAGGACUUUUUCUGCUUUUGCUAUGGUAAAGCUUUAGGAAAGUCAACGGUGGUACCUGUACCAUAUGAGAAGAUUCAGAGGGACCAAUCUGCAGUAGUAGUGCAAGGCCUCCCUGAAGGACUUGCAUUUAAACAUCCAGCAAAUUACAAUGUUUCAACCCUGAAAUGGAUUUUGGAAAACAAGUCGGGGAUCUCAUUUAUCAUCAAAAGGCCAUUCCUAGAGCCAAAGAAGCACCUAGGAGCUCAUGUGACAGAUCCUUCACAUUCAAUUAUACCUCCAGGUGGAAGUUGUCCUCCUAUUCAAGUGAAAACGGAACCAAAUGAGGAUUCUGGAAUUUCAUUGAAAAUGGCAACAGUAACAGUGAAGGAGGAAUCAGAUGAUCCUGACUACUACCAAUAUAAUAUUCCAGCAGGCCCUUCUGAAACAUCAGAGAUGGAUGAAAAAAUUGCUCUCGCAAAAAGUUACACAGAUUCCUCCCAGCAUGCCCCUUCAGAAACGAGUGAGGAUCCGGAGGUUGAGGUCACCAUUGAAGAUGAUGACGACUACUUGCCCCCUAACAAGAGACCGAAGAACACUGAGUCAGCUAAUGAAGCUACCAAUACUGGGAGAAGAAAAGUGAGAGAGUUCAAUUUUGAGAAAUGGAACGCGCGAAUUACAGACUUGAGAAAGCAAGUUGAAGAGCUGUUUGAAAAAAAAUACG